AUGCUGUCUAUUUUUUCUAAUAUGAUUGAAAAAUGCAUGGAAAUUUUUAUGGAUGAUUUUUCUUUUUUUGGUGAAUCAUUUGAUGAAUGCUUAAAUUAUUUACAACAUGUACUUGAGAAAUACAUAGAGAAAAAAUUAGUUUUGAGUUGGGAGAAAUCACAUUUUAUAGUUAAAGAGGGAGUUGUGUUGGGUCAUAUUGUGAGUGAAAAGGGUUUAGAGGUCGAUAGAGCAAAAAUUGAUACUAUAUCUAAAAUAAAACCUCCGAAUUCAGUAAAACAGAUUAGAUCUUUCUUGGGUCAUGCAGGUUAUUACAGAAAAUUUAUUCAAGAUUUUUCAAAAAUUUCUAAACCUCUCACCAUGCUAUUAUCUAAAGAUGUGCCUUUUAAUUUUGAUGAGAAAUGUUUUGAGUCUUUUUCCAAAAUAAAAAGAUUACUUACUAAGGCACCCAUUUUACAAGCUCCUGAUUGGUCCCUUCCCUUUGAAAUAAUGUGUGAUGCAUCGAAUUAUGCAGUGGGGGCCGUUCUAGGACAAACAAAAGAGUCAAAACCCAUAGUAAUUUCAUAUGCUAGUAAAAUUAUGUCCGAUGCUCAAUUAAAUUAUAGCACGACUGAAAAAGAGUUGUUAAUUGUAGUAUUUUCAUUAGAAAGGUUUAGAUCGUAUAUUUUGGGAGCUAAAAUUAUUAUUUAUACUGAUCAUGUAGCAUUAAAAUAUCUGUUAAAUAAGAAAGAUGCAAAGUCACGUUUAUUAAGAUAG